UUCCAGGCCGCAGUGCUGACAGCCUUGUCGACGGACUAUCUUGUGCUAUCAGAUGUUGACUUCUGCUUUGCAGACAUGUACCCAGGAUCACUCCAACAUUGGAUUUCGGCACAAGCAUGCUCCCAAGUGAACAUGCCUGCUCAAUGGUUCGUCUCGUGGGUUCAAUAGUAUGAGCGAUCGUCGGUGACACCACAGGUGACGGGUGACAGGUCUUGCUAUCCCCAGCGCCUUUAUGCCAAUCUAAGAUGCAGCUGCUCUAAAGAAAUGGCGCUUGCAGGCAGCUGCUAGCCCAUGUAUCUCGAGAUAAUCGUGGUCAUGCGCCAUGUGCAUUGCUCGAGGGUCUUGCACUCGCUGGGAUCUCUGCGCAAGGGUGGACUGAGGGGUAGUUGGAAGCAUCACUGCUGAUGAUCGCGAAUACCUCUGUACCGACGAGAUGAAUCGACAAAGAUGUGGCUGAAGGUAUGAUGUACAUCUGCCGUGACGAGUGUCGGAUCAGGUGGUUCCACACCUCUGUGGUCAAUAUGGCGUCCAGAAGAGAAAUUCUGUGCGGGAAUCAGCAAUCGUGGAUGGUCAAUAGCUUCCGUCGUUCAGCGAAGCGCGAACGCGACUCCACGAGUAUGCCAGCAUGAAGAAGUCUCUUUGUCGCUAGCAAAUGCAGGUACACAUGGCGGUGAGCGAGGAUUGGAGAUUUGGAAGGCAUCGUCUCGUCCCAUGAGGGUCCUUGAAAAUGAGCUCUCCCUGAAGGACGAGGUUGCCGUCGUCGUC